AUGCCGGCUGAGGCCUCGGUCUGCCCGCCGUCUUCGUCGUCUCCUUCUGCUUCCUCCGCCGCGGCCACAGUGCGUUUACCGGGCCUGGCUUGCCUGCUUCCGCUCUCUACGCUGUCCAAUGUGACGGCGCUGGUGUCGGCGCUCUUCGUGCUUUCUCAGUUGUCUGCGACUAGGUUUCUGUUCACUGUCUCCUCGUCCGCCGGCUUGCCGUCCUCGCCGCCUCAGCCUACCUCGCAGACCUGCUUGGCGCUGUUUUACCGCUUGUCCAUCCUCCUGCUUCGCCGUCUCUCAACGGACUGUCUGGCGAGCAUCUGCGCCCAAGCGGUGCUACCCUCGCCCUCGACGCCUCCCGGUUUUUCUGCGUCGGGGUCGCGGCGGGCGUCCUCCGCCACUGUGCAGGCCGCAGAGAGCCGCAGACGGUGUGUCUCGAGCUCCUCGCGACGAGUCGCGAACACCUCGUCGGCGCCAAGUAGCGCAUACAGAUGGCUGCCCUUCGAAUCCGCCAUUGCCAGCGCGCGCGUGGCGCGCACAGCCUCUUCGUUUUUUCACAAGAUGAAGCCAGACGUGUCGCCCUCGGCGUUGCGCGAGCCCAGCCGCAUCUUCGGGGACAGCGCGCAUCGGGGCGCCUCUCCGUCGCCUCCGCAGCCUCACCGCUUCGCAACGAGGGGGUCGCUCUCUGGAAUGCCCAACCCGAGAGCUUCGCAGACGGCUUCCACUUCGCCUGCGGUUGGGUCUGUGAGGCGACGCAGCACGUCCACCACCCGACGAGGCUUUGAAGCGGCGACGGCGCCAGAACCACACUGCGUGGAGAGCGGAGGCUCCGCCGCGGAGGCCUUCCCGACGCCGCGCCGGAGGCUGUUCGACUUUAAUGUUGCGUGUCUCGCCUGGCAGCACAUGGAGGAUCUUCUCUUCGAAACUCUGUCCCUCCUCUGCGUCCUCUCGCCCCACACGGCCUUCGCGGUCUCCUGGCGCCUCGCCCUGCCCGUCUUCUUCCCCCGGGCGCGCGCGCGCAGGGGCGGGGACGCGGGUCUCCUCGCCGUUUUCCACGCGCGGGCAGCUUCGGCGGAUGGAGGCGCACGCGCCGGCGACGUGGAGCCCGACGAGGACGCCGCUGCGGAGCUGCUUCCGGCGCAGCUGCUGGAAGAGCUCGAGGUCCUCUCGCACGGCUCGACUGCCCGCGCAGUGCUCAGCUACGCGGCCUCCGUCCGCGUCCUUUCGAGCGCCCAGAAGAAGCAGGCCGCUGGACAGAGAGAGCGUAGCCAGGGAGGCGACCUUCUAGGGGACUUUCCGGCGCGUGUUGCCCUCCUGGACGCGAGCGCGUCCCGAGUUCUCAGCUCUCCCUCAGACCGUCUGCGCCUGAGCGCCGACGGCGAAGGCGAAGCGGCGGCGGCGCUCCGGCCGAGGGGCGGACUCUCUCCGCCGUCCCCCGAGCGGGGCCUGGGGCCGUCUGGGUCGAGGGGGGAGCACGGCGCGGAGACCGACGCGGCGGGGCGGCUGACGCGACGGCACCUGACGACCACAGCGAGCUGCGGCGAGCUCGUCUACCGGCGAAUGACCCAGAUUCUGCUUCUGCUGUCGCGCCUCUGCACAGCCGGAGGGCGCGACCCCCGGGAACAAGGCCUCGCCGAGGCUCUCUCAGAGCGAGGCGGCGCACCUUACGGCGUCGCCCUGGGCGCUGUGAAGGCCGUCUGGCGGCUCGCGGGCGUUCAGGAGCAUCUCCUGUUCUUGGUCCUAGGCUUUCUGCAGCAAUGCUUCGUCGCCGCCGCCCCGAGGGGCUCUGAGGCGCUCUCCGCGCGUUUGCUUCGCCUGGCGAACACCUCCGGAAAUGUGUCCUUCUCUUCGCCUCUCUCGUCGCUUUGCAGCCUCCGCGCGCGUCUGCUUGAAUCAGGGAUUCUGGACGCUUUGAUCAACGCGGCACUGGAGGCGCUGGAGAAGAAAGACGUUCUGUUUCUCUCUUCCUCGCCCGCGUCUUCAUCCUCGUCGUCUGCCUCCUCGACUGCGGUCCUCGGCUCCGCUGCGAAGGCGGGCGACCGCGGGACGGCGUCUCCGCUGUCUCCGCGGGGCCUUUUUAGGCUCCUGGCGGUCGUCGCCGCGGGCCUGAACGCGAAGCACGAAAAACGCGCCGACGUGCUGCGAGUGGCGGCGCAGCUUGGCGCCCACGUGCGCGCGUUGCUUUCUGAGUUCGCGACCAGGAGUCUCCCUGCCUCCCUGAAGCGCCAGACUUCGUCUCCACCACCGUUCGCCCUCGCCGAAGAGGGCGCGCGGGACAAGCCCCCGUUCUCGCCGUUCGUCGGCUCGGGCGCGCGGCCUUCGCACGCGCUCCAGGUCCGACUCGUGGGCUGUCUUCGCUGUCUGCAGGCGGUCUGCGCGACCGCAGGCGUCGCAGGGGACCGCAGGAGUCUCGCCUGUCUCUUCGCCGCGUCUCCGCAUUUCGCUGCUUGCGGAGGCGGAGGAGACUCGCCGCCGCACGAAAUUGCAGGCGCACACGCUUCGCGCGUUCUGUUGCCAGCUCUGCGGCAGACGACUGAGCGCCGGAUGCGCGAGCUGUACUCGCCGCGGUUGGAGUUCAUCAUCAAGGGGCAGCACAGCACGCAGAGCGAGAUCCGCGACUCGAUGGAGAUCUUUUUGCAAGCGCUACUAAUUCCCAGUUUGCCUCUGGCUUCGGUCGCGGCGCUGCUCGAGUUCCUCGCAUCCACUGUGGGCUGCGCGGCGGGCUCAGCGCUUUCGCCGUCGCUUGCUGCGUCGGCCGUCCUCUACAAGAGCUCGCGACUCCUCCUUCUCUCCUCGCCUUCGUUCCGGGCAGUGCCCGCCUUCCUGCUGUCGUGCCGGCUCCGCCCCUCGCUCCUCGAGGGCGUCCCGGCGGACGCCGCCGAGGCCAGCGCAGGCGCCGACGAGGUUCGCCUCGCGAGUCGCUUAGACGGCGGCGACGCAGACCAGGCGUUCGAGGAGGACGCGGACGCCUUCGGAGGCGAACAGGAGGCGACCGCAGGCCGCGACGCCUGCGCCUGGAGGCGCGCCUUCCGCGCGCUUCUCGAGCUGAUGCUCACUACGUUCUGCGCAGAUCCGCGAAUGGGGGACGCGAGAAAACUCGCCAAGCCGACGGUCUGCGAGGCGCUGCGCCUCUGGCACGCGAAGCUCGCGCAGACGCCGCAGGCCUCGGGGGCGGAAACAGAAACGCCGCACGAGGUCUACGGCGACGAGGCGCUGCGAGAACUGGUGUGGAGCGUUCUCCAGAGUCUCGCAUAG